GUAUCUGUCUUGAACUCAAUCUGUUAUCAUGUUGGCGGCUCUCCUUAAGUUAGACUUGGCCUCUGUGGGCUUGACUCUGUUCCUGGGCUUAAUUUUUCUGGUUCUGUUUGAGAUCUUCAGGAUUUAUUCAUACAAAGGUCGAUUUCCACCUGGUCCAACACCUCUGCCUUUUGUGGGAAACUUACCACAUUUAUUGAAGAACCCGAUGGGCUUCAAAAGAUCUUUGUCUGAAUAUGGAGGAUUGGCCACUGUGUUUAUUGGGAGAAAGCCAGCAAUAAGCAUCAAUACAAUCCAACUGGCUAAGGAAGCAUUAGUACAGGAUGUUUUUUCUGGAAGACCUGCUUUGCCUAUUUUUGACUGGAUAUCUCAUGGACUCGGUAUAAUAAUGGUCACAUUUAACCACUCUUGGAGGCAGCAGAGACGGUUCGCUCUGCACACACUCAGAAACUUUGGUCUGGGGAAGAAAACAGUAGAGGAUCGAGUGUUAGAGGAAAGCCAGUAUCUGAUUGCUGAAAUGCUCAAAGAUGAAGGCAAGUCAAUGAAUCCCCAGCAUGCCCUACAGAAUGCUGUUUCCAACAUUAUCUGCUCCAUCGUGUUUGGAGAUCGCUUUGAGUAUGAUAACAAACGCUUUGAAUACCUUCUGAAAAUCCUGAAUGAAAACAUCAUGCUCACAGGGUCAGCUGCAGGACAGAUUUACAACUUAGUCCCCUUCAUCAAGCAUUUCCCUGGUCCACACCAGAAGAUCAAGCAGAACGCCGAUGAUUUAUUUAAUUUCAUCCGAGACGAAGCUAAAGAACACAAACAAACUCUGGAUCCAGACAGUCCACGAGACUUCAUUGAUGCCUAUCUACUGGAGAUCGAGAAACAAAAGUUUAACAAAGACUCCACGUUUCAUGAAGAACACCUGGUUGUGUCAACAUCUGACCUGUUUCUGGCUGGAACCGACACCACAGAAACCACCAUCAGAUGGGGACUCAUUUACUUGAUUCAAAACCCAGAUGUACAAGAGCGAUGUCAUGAGGAGAUUGUUCAGGUUCUGGGUUACGACCGCUUGCCCAGCAUGGAUGACCGUGACAAACUACCGUACACACUCGCCACUGUUCACGAGAUUCAGCGAUAUGGAAACAUUGCACCAAAAUUGUUGCAUGAAACAAUUCGCCGCACAAAACUACAUGGAUACGACAUUCCUCAGGGAACUACAAUCAUAGCAAACUUUACAGCAAUGUUCAGCGAUAAGGAGCUCUGGAAACACCCUGAUGCAUUUAACCCAGAGAACUUCUUGGAUGAGAACGGACAGUUCAGCAAGCCAGAGUAUUUCUUUCCAUUUUCACUGGGACCGAGGGCCUGUCUGGGUGAAACGCUGGCAAGGACGGAGCUCUUCUUGUUCAUCACAUCUCUCCUACAGAGGAUUCGUUUUUCCUGGCCGCCCAAUGCAAAACCCAUAGACAUGGAUGGCAUUGUGGGUAUAGUUCGCUCUCCUGAGCCCUUUAACAUCAUCUGUCAUAGUAGAGACACCAAAGACUGACCGAAACAUGUUGGACAUCAUAUAAUCACACACUGAAGAUCAACAAUAACAACAAAGCUGCAGAGAGACACAAGACCACUUUCUAAACCUCACGCUGCAGCUUUUUCUAUGCAGUUUGGGGAUUUUUCCACAUACAAACACGAGUAUAGUGUCACUAAAACUGAAUCUUUUUGAAAACUACAACUUGAGUGAAGAUUUAUAGCAACUUUGUUUACAGUAGCUAUAUUUGGAGAUGCCAACAUGUGAAUAACAUUUGAAAAUGUGCAUUAAAAA